GUGCACGUAGCGAAGAAUGUGAAAAUACGCAAUGUCUUCACUGUGCUUGAGUGGGUAGAGAUGUAAAUCCUGAAAUAAAAAUAUAGCGAAACUUUGUCUGAGAAAGACCAUCAUUCAUCUGUCUUGAGGUGCUGGACUCAAUGGAGAAUGUCUAGACGAGGACGUUCGAGAAAAUCCAAAGCAGGGACGUCCACAGGACAGUGUGAGGGUCCUGGCAUCCAUGUGUUUCUGUUCUGGACCAAAGAAGGCGAGCGCUGCCAGUCUUACAAGGAGGGCGAAGUGACGGCUGAGGACCUCACCAUUAAUGCAGCCAAGGCUGUGGGUAUCACUCCACUGUGCCAUGCCUUGUUUGCGCUCUAUGAUCCUGCAUCCUCGUGUUGGUACAGCCCAAAUCACAAAUUUAACACGGAAAACCAGUCAGGCCUGUUGCUGCAUUUUCGUAUGAGAUUUUACUUUCGUAACUGGCAUGGCUUAGGUGAAAAGGAACCGACAGUGAUGCGCUAUGUUUUGCGGACUGUUGUUGGGCAGGAGCAGUUGACGUAUCCCUUACUAGAGAUUACCUCGCUGGAGUACCUCUUUGCUCAGGCUAAACAUGAUUUUGUGAAUGAUUUGGCAUGUUUGGAUGCAGUGAGGGGAGAGGAAGAGAUCAGUCGCUUUAAGAAUGAGUGUCUGGGAAUGGCUGUGCUUCACCUCUCUCAUACUGCCCUGCAGACUGGCUCUUCUCUACAGGAUGUGGCCAGGCAGACCAGCUUCCUCCAUUGCAUCCCUCGGUCUCUCUUCCGACACAUUACCCGUGACAACUUCCUGACAAGGUUCCGAAUUCGCCGCGUGUUUGCAAACUUUGUGCGCAGCUUCCAGCAGCACACAGUAGGAAUGGGGAAGCUAGGAUCCCAAGAGGUCAUGUACAAAUAUUUGUCCACCCUGGAGCGCCUGGCACCGCAUUUUGGCAUUGAGGCAUUCCCUGUGUUCCAUCUUGAUGUGAGAUCUGAUGGAGAUAGCAGUGGGUCGUACCUCAUUGCCUCCCGAACACAAAGUUCCACUGAGGGAAUUGUGAACAGUGAACCUACUCAUGAGAUUAGGGUGUCUGGGUCAACCGGCAUACUUUGGAGGAAGUUACCAGUACAAAGGGAGAAUAAAUACAUGGAGAAAGACUACAAUCAUAACCAGAGCAGAGCAGAUACACAGACUCAUGGGGAGCAGGAACUAGACAGUUGGAACUCCUUCUGCGACUUCCCUGAAAUCUCUCAUAUCGCCAUCAUGGGCGUCAACAUCUGCAUCAGUUGCCAAGACAACAUGUCAAUGGACAUGCGUUUGGGCUCCAGUCUAGAGGCUCGCUCACUGGUUUCACUGCUUGAUGGAUAUUUCCGCCUUACAGCUGAUGCACAUCAUUAUCUGUGUCGUGAGGUGGCUCCGCCCAGAGUUGUUCUCUGUGAGACCAAUGGCCUACAUGGUCCCAUACUGGAUGAGUUUGUUCUCCAGAAACUUAAGAAAGAAGCAGAGGAGGGAGUGUUUAUUGUGCGCUGGAGUGUUUUGGAUUACCAUCGUCUAAUCCUUGCAGCUCUGAGUAGGAAUCAGGAUGGAGAAAGUCCAAUUCACAAGCAGUUCGGAAUCACACAGAGGGGCUCUGUGUUUAAGCUUGAGGGUUGGGACCAAGAGUUCUCCAGCAUAAAAGAGCUCACCUACAGCUUAAAGUCCUUCGUGCUGAAGUCUGGCGAAGACAGUUUCACUGUGAAGAAGUGUUGCCUGCCCAGACCUGGAGAGCUCUCAAACCUACUCGUAAUCAGAAAGGGUGCCAACAGUAGUGUUAAACCUGUGUCUGAAAACUUCAACCUGAGUCAACUGAAGUUCCACCAGAUUAAAGACAAGGAGAUUGUAAAGGAGCAGCACCUGGGACGUGGCACAAGGACUAACAUUUACGCAGGCCGGCUGAAGGUUUACGGCACAACAGAGGAUGAUGAUGACGACGAGUCAAACAAUAAUCACAGCGACAAGAAAGGCAUCCGAGUUGUUCUCAAAUUUCUUGACCAGAGUCAUAAGGAUAUAGCGCUAGCAUUCUUUGAGACUGCCAGUCUCAUGAGUCAGGUAUCGCACUGUCAUCUGGUCUUUGUGCAUGGAGUUUCAGUGAAAGGAUCUGAGAACAUCAUGGUGGAGGAGUUUGUGGAGUUCGGCCCAUUAGAUGUGUUCCUGCACAGAGAGAAGGCCCGUGUCACUGCACAGUGGAAAUUUACAGUUGCUAAACAGCUUGCCAGUGCUCUUUGCUAUCUUGAGACUAAGCGUUUGGUCCACGGAAAUGUCUGUGGCAAGAAUAUUCUGGUGGUGAGGAAGGGUUUGGAGGAGGGCAUGUCUCCCUUUGUGAAGAUGAGUGACCCAGGCAUUGCACUGACUGCUCUGUCUCGUGGAGAACGUGUGGAGCGCAUCCCUUGGAUUGCUCCUGAGUGUAUUGCUGAUGGAGCUCGUAUAGGAAGUGCUGCUGAUCAGUGGAGCUUUGGAGCCACUCUGCUUGAAAUCUGCAACAAUGGAGAUCUUCCCAUCAGUGGCAGUACACUGACUGAGAAAGAGCGAUUUUAUGAGAUGCAGAGUCGCCUGGCAGUACCUUCAUCUCAAGAGCUGGCAAGCUUUAUCAGCAUGUGUCUGACGUACGACCCUGCAGCAAGACCUUCCUUCCGGACCAUACUAAGAGAACUAACAGAGAUUCAGAUAAAAAAUCCAGACAUCUCCUCGGAUUGUGAGUCUCUUCCUGACAGAGACCCCAGUAUCUUUUACAAACGAUACCUGAAGAAGAUCAGAGACCUGGGAGAGGGACAUUUUGGAAAGGUGAUGCUGUACGUGUAUGACCCAGACAAUGAUGGAACAGGAGAAUACGUGGCAGUGAAGGCCUUGAAACAAGAGAAUGGCAGUAACCUCCAUGAUUCCUGGUUGAAGGAGAUUCAAAUACUCAAAUCACUUUACCACAACAAUAUAGUCAAGUACAAGGGCUGUUGUACUGAACUGGGUGGACAGGUAAUUCAGUUAAUCAUGGAGUAUCUUCCGCUGGGAAGCCUCAGAGAGUAUCUGCCUAAACAUCGGCUGGGAAUCACACAAAGUCUACUGUUUGCUCAGCAGAUCUGUAUGGGGAUGGACUAUCUGCACUCCAAACGGUAUGUCCACCGGGAUUUGGCAGCACGGAAUGUUUUGGUGGAGAAUGAAGGUGUGGUCAAAAUUGGUGACUUUGGCCUGACAAAGUACAUUCCUGAAGGGGAGAUCUACUAUCGUGUUCGGGAGGAUGGAGACAGCCCUGUGUUCUGGUAUGCUAUAGAGUGCUUGAAGGAGGGCAAGUUUUCCUUUGCCUCUGAUGUUUGGUCCUUUGCUGUGACCCUUUAUGAGGUUUUGACCCACUGCAACCAUCGCCAAAGCCCCCCUUCGAAAUUUUUUGAGAUGAUGGGAAUGGUCCAAGGGCAGAUGACUGUGGUUAAACUUAUUACUCUACUAGAGAAAAACAGAAGACUGCCCUGCCCUCGAGACUGUCCUCGUGAGGUUUAUUUACUGAUGGAGCAGUGCUGGGACUUUAACCAUGGGCAGCGUCCAUCCUUCAAAUCCUUGGCUGAGUCUUUGGAGGACAUCCGACGAACAUACGAACAGCAACCCUCUGUGCAGCUCACUCAGAUCAACCAUCUCUGACCUGCUUUCACUCUCUGUGUGGUUCUCGCAGCCUCAAACCACAACAUUUCACUUUGAGUUUGGCCUCACUUGGCUGAUAAUGUCACAUGGGCGUGCUUUUCAAGAAGAGGAUGUUUUUGUAUGUUUGAGAUAAGAGCGAACCCACAUAGUACUUUUCCACAAAAAUCAGACCAGUGCUUGUGACGAAGCCGGUGCUCAGCCGUAUGAUCUGUGCUGCUGCACAAAGGCAAAAUGCAGUAACUACACAUUUUGUCAAUUGAGUUAUGGGUCUCUUUUGCCAGAGUAUACUUCGGUUUACACCAAAGACAUGCACUGCCUGUGCAUUUGACACAGGCAAGUUGGUGCAUGCACACUAUGACUGCUAUGACACACUGGACUAUUUCUCUUCAGGAGUUUAGACCCAUAAAGUUCUCAAGUUAUAAAAAUGCAGGUAUCUCCUGACCUCCUCACACAUGCACACUUGAGGUGCACAUUCACUGUUGUUGUUUCCAGCUUCAUCUCCUGUUGUUUAGCAGCGAUAACUUCUAGCACUUCUUUGUGAAAGCAACUGCUCGAUUGUGAGUGUUGCCACCUUACUGCAAAUAAUUCCAGGCGUAUGCGCACACUGCUCAUUCAGAGAACGUGUAGUUAGGCAAAUCGGCCACACGCCUUCAGGGCUCAAGCACUCUGCUGAUGACGAAAUUUGCAUCGCGCAUCCUGUACGCAGGAACUGUAACCUGUAGCAUUCUUGUCUGACCAAAAUAUAAUUUGUCCUGUGACAGAUGGGUUUAGCUCAACUGUGCUACGAUUGAGAGAAAAUGUGAAAAUGUUCAGUGUUGGUCUAGUUACUGUGUUUUGCCUUUGUAGACACAGUGUGAACCUUUCCCAGAAACCGGCCCACAUUUCCACUGACUUAAGAGCCGAACAAUGGUGUAACUGUUACUGCUUAACCUGCCCACAAGCAAUCACAGCUUUUGACUUACUGGUUCAGGGGCUGUUGCAGAGAUGAUUUUUGGCCCCAAAUCACAUUGUCUGAAUAGGGCUCUCACAUUAGCACCGGUACUCUGUCUGUAGAAAAGGGGAAACUGUGACCUGAAGUACUCUUGAAAGCUGAAAUGUGUCAUUUCUGUGUCACUGGCAUCAACAAACAGAAUGGCAAAAAUAAUCAUAAUAAUAAUAAAUAUAUACAAAAAUAAUAAUACAUUUUCAAAAAAAUCUAAAAAUAUUCUUGCCAUUAUUUGAGCCAAUGUGUCGGGAAGGAUGAGCUGAAAACAGACAACAAGUUUGUUCAAUUUUACAUGUAAUCAACCUACAAAUGGCAUACAUAUAGUUGACUCUGCGUAUGAAACUGGCAUACGAGAAUUUAAGAAAAUUACACACAUCAGCUACAUAAUAACCAAAGAAUGCCUGGUCGUGGACCUAAUUCAUUUUUUAAUCAGUGUAACAUACAGUGUAAUGUAAAUACUCUCAGGUGUGUUUAGAUGCUUUCAAGUUUACGUCCUCAUUCCCCAGACCUGCUGAUAAAAAUCGGGAGUAAAACCAAAGGCAGUGACAGGCUGUUUCCUGGAAGGCCUUAAAAUAUGACUUUAGUCAGAUUUUUUAUAUUUAUUUGUUUUUUUAAAUGUGCAAUUCUUCUGUCAACUUUAAUGGGCUUUUGUACCCCUCGUGUGAAAUGCCUUUGCCUUAAUGUCUCUCUGAAUGUACCUAUAUAAACUCUUUUAAUACACUCUGAAUGUACAGUAUCUGACCUAGAUAUGUGAUCAGUUUUGGUUUUAUUGAAUGUAAGCAUUUUGCAAUUUAUAUGAUGUGGGUACUGACUAAAUUUGCUAUUCUUUUUUUUUUUUUUUUUUUUAUCAUUUCAAAAAGAUUUCACAUCUUCAUUGGAUGACCAGCUAGGCAAAACUCAUUUUAAAGACAGCCGAACCCACAAGACUUUAACAACAAAUAUAUCCAUGGAUCUGUUGGGGACCAUUAUUCAACUGUUUUUACAGCUUGUACCCUUGAGGGCCAAGCCUCUUUUAUUUUAAUCUGGCAACCUAGACGUAUGUAUUGUAAAAAAAAAAAAAUUAAACGUGAGAAAUUAAAAUAUUGACAGAAAGGAUGAACUGUAUACAUAAAUUGUAUUAAGAAAUAUAUAUAAAGUGAAAUAUGUAUUUUAAAUCUUUUAACUUAAACUGGAUAGACUUUAGAGCCUUUAACUGAAGGCCCUUGCCUAGACAGUCAAAAGUUGUAUUUUGGCUUUAUUGUAAUUUUUUUUUUUUUUUUUUUUUUCCAAAGCCUAGGCCCACCAAAUAUGAUGAUCCACUUGUGAAGUACCCUUGUUCUAAAAAUGUUCAUAUAUAUUUUUCUUUUAAUUAUACUGUAUACUUAAAAAUAUAUAUAUAAUUUUGAAUAAAGUUUGUUGUGCUUUUAACUUAA